CUGUACUUUUCCCCCAAUUUGAAACUGCCGUAUUCCUCCACUAUCCCGUCCAUGUACAUUCUACGAUAAGGAAUAUAUAAACACGAAACAAACGGCGAAAUUGAGAGCGUAUCCAGUCUCAAAUCUUCACUCUUCAGUUCAGUCCAGCUCCAAUACUAUCUCAUUUCAGUGGGGGGGAGCUACAGCGAUGGCGGCAGCUGGUUCAGUCCAGAAAACAGACGAAGAAUGGCGGGCGAUUCUCUCUCCCGAGCAGUUCCGAAUCCUCCGCGAGAAGGGAACCGAGUUGAAAUUCACCGGGGAAUAUGACAAGUUCUUCGACGAAGGCGUUUACAAAUGCGCUGGCUGCGGUACUCCUCUUUACAAGUCUGCCACCAAGUUCAAUUCCGGCUGUGGUUGGCCGGCUUUCUUUGAAGGACUCCCUGGAGCCAUCAAUCGCACUGUGAGAUCUCUCUCUCUGUUCUCUACCCACAAUCCCUUCUCCCCUGUUUUUUUUUUUUUUUUUUUUUUGGGUUAGGCGUCUCCGUGUCAAUUGAUGGAAAGAUGGUUGCUUUAUUGCUUUUCAGCCGGACCCAGAUGGGAGGAGAACUGAGAUCACAUGUGCAGCUUGCGGCGGGCAUUUGGGCCAUGUUUUCAAGGGUGAAGGGUUCAAGACCCCAACAGAUGAACGCCACUGUGUCAACAGCGUCUCUAUCAAGUUUGUUUCUGGGAAUUGAUGGGAGAUUUGGUGUUUGCUUGUGGUGUGAGAAUGUAUGUGUCUGAUGAACCAAUAGAUCAGAAAGCCGUCGAUCAUCUUGUUGAAACAGAAAUCAUGUGAAAGCAAUAAUGGAAAAACCAGCUAGCUAGCUUUUUGUUACAUUUCAAAAUAUGGUGUUUGUUGCCAUGUUCACUAAUGUUUGCUUUACUCACUGGGAGGGUGAAGCCAUUGUUGCUAGCAAAUUUUGGUUUGAUGCUUCCUUUGUAUUGCGGAGUAUAGAUGGAUACUUUAAUUGGGUUAAGGAGUCUUUGGCAGAAGCUAGGAAAUGGCCUUCUUCAUUUGUUCCGUGUCCUGCUGCAGAUGCG